UAAAAGCUAAGGCAUUGGAGUGAAAGCAUAUACUGUAUCCUGUAUCAGUACAGGUUCCUAGACUAAAUCAUGGCACGAACACCAGAUGCAUAUUUUGUGUUGAAUGAUGGGUACAAAAUGCCAGUGGUUGGAUUUGGCACCUAUGCUCCCCCGGAAAGGUAUUCCAAAAGCCUAGCAGAAGAAGGUACAAAGGUGGCCAUUGAAGUUGGAUAUCGUCACAUUGAUGGUGCUUUUAUAUAUGGUAAUGAGGUUGAGGUCGGCCGUGCUAUAAGGGCAAAGAUUUCAGAUGGGACAGUCAAGAGAGAAGACAUAUUCUACACUGGAAAGCUGUGGAGCACAUUCCAAACCCCAGAACUGGUUCGCCCAGCUGUUGAAAAAUCCCUGAAAUCACUUGAAUUUGACUAUUUGGAUUUGUUCAUUAUUCACUCGCCUGUAGAACUCAAGCCUGGAGAUGAUCCUUUUCCAACUGAUGAAAAUGGAAAAGCUAUUUAUAACAACACAGACAUUCGAGAUACGUGGAAGGCUUUGGAGGAUUGUAAAGAUGCAGGACUGGUUAGAUCUAUUGGUGUGUCAAAUUUUAAUAAAAGGCAGCUCGAAUUAAUUCUAAAUAAGCCAGGACUAAAGCACAAACCAGUUUGUAACCAGGUGGAAUGUCACAUCUACCUGAAUCAGACCAAGUUGCUCGAGUUCUGCAAGUCUAAGGAUAUUGUGCUUGUGGCAUACAGUGUUCUAGGGUCCAGCAGGGCUGAAAAGUGGGUAGAUGCAAAUUCUCCUGUUCUCCUCGAGGAUCCUGUUUUAAAUGCAGUUGCUAAAAAGCUCAGCAGGACUUCGGCCCAAAUAGCCAUGCGCUAUUUACUUCAGAGAGGCAUUGUUGUUCUGGCAAAAAGCUACACCCCAGAGAGGAUUAAACAAAAUUUCCAGGUAUUUGACUUUGAGUUAAGUGCUGAAGAAAUGAAAACUCUCGAUGGACUUAAUACAAACAUGCGAUACAUUGAAACUAAACAGUGGCAGGAUCACCCCAAGUACCCAUAUAAUGAUGAAUAUUAAAGAACAUUACAUUGUAUAGCUGCAUUCUACUGGUGGCAGAAAAAGGCUUGAGUUCUUUUCACUACUAUUUCACCCAACUUGAAAAAUCCCUGUAACUACUUCUGUCACUAGACUGUUAAAGAAGCCAUAACUGUCCAUCUUUUACAUCAAGAAUGAUUUGAACAUCCAGAAUGCAGUGGGAACUGCUCUUGGAACAAUGACUACUUAUAGCUGUAGUUCUCAUUUUCUAACCCAUUUUAAUUCUAUAAUGUGUUUUUCUUUUUUUUUUUUUUUCUUCAUCUGAACUUACUGUC